AGAAGCAAGGCAAAGGAAUCUUGUUUCCUCUGAUUUUUCUGCCAUACAUUUUUCUCAUACUUCCCUAGCAUACUACUCCGGGCUGUCUUGCAUGCUAUUUGGCAACUUGAAGAGUGAGCUCCCCCUGUACCUGCAUCUGGCAAAGUGCUGUUGGUUUGGGGCUAACCGGGGUAACUAAUGGGCCUACAGGCAAACAGGAUCAAGAACUGUUGCUUUGUAUUGCAGCCUUUCAUUUCAUGGGGUGCUAACUGGGACUUCCUUUCUAUUGCUUUUUAUGAAAUUUUUAAGAACAUAUUUAUGUUGGAUGAAACCAGCCAUCUGGUUCAAAAGAUACUAGGAAAAUCUCCUGUGGGCAAAGGAUGGAGAAGGAAAGUUCAUGGUUUCUGGUUUGCGUAAUAGCAUAGGCUGAGUAGGCGUGAAGGAGACUAUAGUGUGGGUGAGAAGUGUCAAGCAGCUUGCAAGGCUUUGCUCUGUAAAAAAGAAGAAAUGAAUCCUACAAACGAUGAUCCAGUGUUUGGGACCAUUUUUGACUGGGACUAUCUCUUAUGGGAAGUUCGUUUGAUGUUUUUAGCUGCUGGUUUUUUUAUCUACUUGGGAGUAUUUCUUCUGUCUCACUGGUUGUCUUCAUGGAUAAGUAGCACUUACCGUUCCUUGUAUGGAAAGGAGAAGGUGUUUUGGAACAUGGCGGUCACACGUGGUGUGUUUGGACUUCAGAGUUGUGUUGCUGGGUUAUGGGCUUUGCUCAUAGAUCCUGUUUUUUAUGCUGACAAAGUGUACUCGCAGCAAAAGUGGAGUUGGUGUAACUGUUUAAUAGCUGCUGGAUUUUUCUUGCUUGAAAAUGUAGCUGUUCACAUGUCCAACAUUAUUUUUAGAACAUUUGAUGUGUUCUUGGUAGUUCACCACUUGCUUGCUUUUGGUGGCUUGGCUGGCCUGGUAAUUAACGUGAAAUCUGGACAUUAUCUGCCUUUGAUGGGAAUGUUGCUGGAGAUGAGUACUCCCUCAACGUGCGUUUCCUGGAUGCUUCUAAAGGCUGGCUACGCUAAUACCUUUUUCUGGAAGGCAAACCAGUGGGUGAUGAUCCACCUGUUUCACUGCCGCAUGAUUCUUACUUACCACAUGUGGUGGGUGUGUAUUUUCAAUUGGAAUUCCGUGAUGGAAAAUCUGGGACUUCUUCAUUUUAUUGUUUUGUUCUCGGGAUUAUUUGCUGUCACACUAAUACUUAACCCAUACUGGACAUACAAAAAAACUCAACAACUCCUCAGUCCAACUGACUGGAACUUUGAAAAUAAAGCAACAGAAAAUGGAAAAUUAAAUGGUGAAACACAGGAAAAGAAGAGGAUGUAACACAGAAAUGGCUGUUUCCUAGUAGGGUAGAAGAACAAUACAAUGCAAAAUAAUUAUUUGCCCAUGAAGUAGCAGCUUUUGUAAGAAGCUCAUUGAUAGAGCAUCACUAUGUAUCAGAAGUAUUUAAAAGCAUUGUUUUUAUUUCCUACAUACACAUAAGAUCUUCAGCCUCUUAGUUAUGAGUUGCACCAAUGAUUUGGUCAGGUUCGACAGUAUUUCAUUAUUUAGUAAUGACAUACUGUCUAAAGGUAUCAUUUGUCCUAAUGCUUCAAAGAGGCUUUACAGUUAAUUUGUCUGUUAAGCUCAAUGUGAAUCAAGUUUAGCCUGAAUCCUAUUUCACAUAUGCCAGAGAUACUGAUACUGGAAAUAGUUGUUUAUUAAGAUCAAUUAUGACCCAAGUUAGGUAUGCAUGGAUACCUAGUGUGCCAUUAAAUCAUUCCAAGUGGCUGAAUUGGUCAGUGGUAGAAUACAGUCAUGUCUGUGUUUUGGUUUCUUUUGUUUGUUUUGUUGGGUGGUGUUUUUUUUGUUGUUUUGUUUGUUUGUUUUGCUUUUUAUUUAAAGUGUGCUUGAGGAAGAUGAUCGAGAGUUCACUGUCAAACUGAGUUGUAGUUGCCCUCUGUAUGGAAGGAGUUCAUAUCCACCACAAACAUGCAUGAAGGGAUGCAGGCAUUCGUUAUACUGUUGGUCUAGCUGGGUUAUCAUAGUGGUCCCUUCUGGACUUAAUAAAAUACAAGAGACAACAAUAGAACAGUUUGACUCUGUUUCAUCCUUGAAAAGUUUGCUGGUUGAUGGAUAAAAUUAUUUUCUUUUUAGGUCUCACAUGAGUGGUCAUGCAGUUAGUUCCACUAGUGCUUCUGUUAUGGUUCCUCUUAUUUUUGGAAAUUCUCUUGGUUUUAGAAUCUGAGGUGACUCCUGUGGAGAAAAGGCCAAAUCACCUCCUUCAGGAGUUCAGCUGUUUUUACAGUAUUUUUAUUUUACUUUGAAGAACAUACAAAGUGAUGCUAACUAUCCUUUGCACUUUAUCUGCCACGUCACUCAAUCCUUCCUUGACCCAAGGAAUAGGUUGCUUUUUUUUGAUAGAGACUUGGCAAAUUGUGGUGGAUGUUUUCCCGACAGUAGCAUUGGUCUAAUGGUUUCUGGGUGUAAUGUUGGACAGCAGAUGAAGCUAUAAAGAUCAGGACAGAAGAGAGUGACGCCUAGUGGCAGGAGAGCGACAAAGAUACUAAUUAUUUUUGGUGCUCUGUAGUAGUUAGAUGAAAAACUCGUCGUCUGGAACUGUCAAAUAGUGUGAUGUGACUGCUAUACAGUUUUAUUUUCCAAAGGAAAAAGACUGAGUAAGCCUAAGCUGUCAAGAAUUUUAGGUCAAGGCACAUGUUAGAGGCUUUCUGUACUGAACAGUAGUAGACCAUACUGUUCUAAAUGUGUAAGGGAAGCACUCUUUGGUGUAAACAACUCCAUUAAUUUUUUGUGAGAAUGUACGUCAUUUUGUUCUGAGUAAAGGGAGGAAGAUAGUGGUCAGGUUGCUGUGUUUCCUAACUCUGUGUGUGCAGAGUUGAACAACUGCUCUCUAAGGGAGAGGAAACAUUGUACUGUUAGGUCACAAAUGUAUAGACCGAUCUUGAUGAUAAUGAUGAAGUGGUGAGUGUUUGAAAUUGCCUGUUCAAAAAUGGGCUGAGAGGGUCUUAGUAAUUUUAUGCAGCAACCCUAUUAUUGUCCUGCUGAUACUCCAAAGGAAAAAAAAAAAUCUACGUUUUGUGCUACCUUCUGAUUUCUAAGCAGGCCAUACUGAGUUUGCAGUGUUUUGGCAGUGUGGCCUGUCUGGAUGCCACCCUGUAGAAAAAAAGAGUUCUCUAAAACUGGGAAUUGCAUACCUCUCCUAUGGAGUUGUGUGAGAGAGAAAUGUUAAAAGUACUAUAGAAAAAAAAUAGAGGGAUUAAUUCCUCAGGAACAGAACCCAGAAAUGUGAUCCAAAUGCAUAUCUUGCAGAAUUGAAACUUCACUUGCAGGAGUUGCAGAUGGGAAGGUAGAGAUUAAGUCACCAGAUACUAAAAUGAUGGUGUGCUCUAUGCAACUUAAAAGGUUUGGGUUCAAUAAAAUAAGGUAAUAAUCAUAAAAAUCUCAGCUACAGAAUUCUGAAGAGUCCUAACAAAAACCAGAAUCAUCAAAAGAAAAAUAAGUUUGGGCCAAGAGUGUAAUUCCUACAGUGUCUGGGUAACGGAAGUAAAGUUUUUGUGUUAAGUAAAGGAAUACAGAGAGUUGGGAUUAGCAGUGUAUUUGUGAUUAAAAAAAAGCUUGUAGAUGUGGCCCAAGCAGACAGGUUGACGGUUAUGUUAGUGGCACCAGACUUAAAAAGUUUUUCUGUAUUACUAAUUUCUAUCAUGUUAAGUGGAUUUUGAAUCUUUCAUUAAUUUUUUUUUUUUUAUCAUAAUAAGGCAAUCUUUUUAGUAUGCAUCUUCGUAUCAGUUUUUUUCACACAAAGACUGGUAUGACAUAUCUCAAAAACCUUUUCCAUGUCUUACCUAUAUAAUUAACCUAUAUAAUUAACGAUAGCUAAGAGCACAUGGUAACCUAAACACUACUAGGCUUGCUAGAACAAGAGAGCUGUGCACUGAUUUUAUUUCUGUUGACUUGAGGAGUGAAAGCAUUUUACAAGCCAGCUAGAAAUGUAACAGGAUAAAAAAAUACAGAUUCUUCAUUUUCAUGGCCUCUGUUACACAGAGCCUCUUUUAUUACUUGAGUGUCUUCGCUGCCAUUUGGCUGCUGCCUUCAAGAGGAUGUUCUGGCUUAUGAUUGUGGAUGACUGUCUCAUUGCUCUGAAACAAUACCAAAAAACUUCUCUAAAUGAGGGUUUUGGUGUCUAAUUACUCUUAAAACUAAGUGCUUCUUUUCAGCACAAAGGUAGACUAGCCAUCAUUCGUUUAUAGAUUUUGUUAAUGUGAAAUUAAUCCCAGUGCUGUUGGGCCCGUUUUAUAAGGCCUCAUCUGCAAUCCAGUGUAGAAAAAUUCACGGUCAUUUUCAGUAGGGUCUUGUUCAUGUCACAGGGUGUGCUGCUGCCGUGAUUUUGAAGGCUCCUGUAUAAUAUGUUUUUGGGUAAUAUUUUGUCUGCCUAGGUGACUGUUAGAGACUUAAUCCUGCUUUCUUGUUGGACCAGUUUAUCCAAGGAGUGCUUUUUUUUGUCACCUUUCUGGCUGAAGCUUUUUUAAUUAAAACAAAACAAAACCAAAAAACCAAACCAACGAGCCAUGAUGGAUAUGGGGAUGUUUGGUAAGGGAUGUUUUAUUUGUUUUGAGUUUUAUUUUUUUUAAAGAAAAACGUCAAGAUUUAAAACACCCUGGCCAGGCAUCUGGUUCUUACCAUCUUUGUACAACAUUCCUAAAUCACAGUUUGCAUUUGUCCUGCCUUAUUUUUUUUCCAAAAGCUUUCAUUGUUACCCCUCUUGCCCACCAAUUUUUCUAGAAAGUUUGCUCACAGUACCGGUCAUGAUCUUGCAGCAGUCUCAUUACUUCAGUGAUGCCUUUAUCUUGCAGUUUUCAGCAUGUACUGGUGGACCCUUCUUCCACUAAACACCCAUGUUCAAAUCUUACAGGGUUUUUUGCUUUCUUCUGAUAACACUUAUUAUAUAUUGCUGUCAUGUACAGCAAUAAGACACCUUCCUUAACCUCAGGGAAAUUCCCACUUAAAGCGAAUUUAGAAGUGUUAUGCAAAUUCAAGUCUGCUCUUGCACUAUAAUGUUUGUUGAAUGGUACAGAAUCUUUGUGUACAUAAAUAAAAGUAUUCUAUUGAAUAA